AUGAACAAUUUGGGCAUAUAAAAUAAUCGAUUUCAUCAAAAGGCUGUUGAGAAUAGAAUGAAGUCUGAGUGCAACGAGUUCUACAUGUCGAAUAGUCUAGCGAGGAAACACAAGAAUGAAUACUACGAAGAUUGGUUGAAACAAAGAGAGAAAGAAUCCAACGCAUCUACAGAAACAUGUUUGGACAUCAUUACUCCUCAUCUACCUUAAGCCAAGAUUCCCAAUGCUUUUAAAGUUAAGUUGAUCAAUGAUAUUUUAAAUAAUCAAAGGAACUCAUUGAAUUAUUGA